AUGGAUAAGGCUCCCUUGCCUAAUGCAGCCCGAGCAAGUCGGGAUGCCUAUGAUAGGUGGAUCAAGGCCAAUGAUAAGGCUAAGGUCUACAUCUUAGCGAGCAUAUCUGAUGUGCUAGCCAAGAAGCACGAGAACAUGGUCAACGCACAGGAGAUCAUGGACUCGUUACGGGACAUGUUUGGACAGCCGUCCAUUCAAGCCCGACACGAAGCCCUCAAGUUCAUUUACAAUUCCCGCAUGAAAGAAGGAACAUCAAUGCAAGAACAUGUUCUCAAUCUGAUGGUCCACUUUAAUGUGGCUGAAAUGAAUGGGGCUGUCAUAGACGAGGGAAGCCAGGUCAGCUUUAUCUUGGAAUCUCUUUCGAAGAGUUUCUUACAGUUUCGUAGCAAUGCUGUGAUGAACAAGAUAGAGUACAACCUUACCAUGCUCUUGUAUGAGCUACAGAUUUUUUAG